UGUUGACGUGUCAGUCAUCUGAAUCGCUAUUCAACCUAUCACCAUGGAGUCCACAAGGAAUCCUCGGCAAGUGGAGCGUAAGAGACGAAAUCAAAAGCCUCGGGUUUUGUUUUCUUGCACGGCGUGUCGCGAGAAAAAGCUGAAAUGCAAUCGGAAACAGCCUUGCAAUAACUGUUCAAAACAAACUCGGGACGGGUCUUGCCAGUACAUUACGGAGCGCCUAGAGCACGAGGAGUCUCAGGGUAUGCAAUUCCGUUUGCAAGAUGUUGAGAAUAGACUGAUAUACUUGGAAAAUUACCUUCAAACCUAUCGAAUGCUUGGUCCUAGCGCAAAUGACACCUCUGGUGUUUGUGCCGACGAUACACAGACUAUGACCACGGAAUCUAUUCGUGGAGCGAUUUCUCCAGAUCCGCAAAGCUUGUCUAGUUCGAGAAGAUACUUGUCCAACUAUCUGCUGCAGGGACAGGAAGGUACUCGGUUCAUCAACCCGUGCCAUUGGCGCGUAAUUAUGUAUAAUGCUACUCAACAAUUGCAAAGCGGCAAAUGUGAGAUUGCUGAGAGAGAGAGGAUUAUUGAUAUGGAGACUAGCUCUUCUGGCCCGAUCCUCCUCCGGGGCUUUGGAAAUGGAACAACUGUUCAGGAUCUUCUCGCAUCGCUGCCCCCGCGGGAAAAAGCCGAAGAGCUGGUAAUCCGCUGUCUUAGUUCUGGCGAACCCUUUUUGAUGAAUAUUCAUCCCCCUACAUUCAAAGCCGAGUAUGAGGAAUUUUGGAAAAAUCCUUCCAAAGCCUCUCUGCCCUGGAUCGCGCUUUUAUUUGGCGUACUCUCCUUGGCAGUGAUGAUCGAACACACCAAUAACUCGGCGACGGCCGAAAUGCAAUUACCGGAAACCUUUAGUCUUUACAAAACGCGAUGCGCACUUGCCUUGACCAUGUCAAACUACACUGUGCCUGGAAGAAAUAAGAUUGAGGCUCUGAUUGUCUAUCUAGGGGUCGAAGUUCUUCAAGCCAACAAUCUAAAGACUGGUAUUUCCGUCUUAGUAGGAGUUCCCAUUAGAUUGGCUGUCACGAUGGGCUACCACCGAGACCCACGAAUCCAUUCUCAACUUUCGAUUUUCGAUAGUGAAAUGAGACGUCGGACAUGGCUUUUGAUCCGCGUUAUAGAUCUCAUUCUUGCAGGGCAGACAGGUAUUCCUCCAGUUAUUAUGCGUGGCCUGGGCGAUACAAUCAAUCCUCGCAACCUUUUUGAUCAUGAUCUUGGUCCUUCACUCACUGUUCUACCGCCUCCACGCCGAGAAAGCCAAGACAGGAUGAGCAAUAUUUCAUACAUGAUAUCUAUGGAAAAGAUGCUAUCCAUGGCCUAUGAAAUCACAGAUAUCGCUUCUGAAGGGAUAUUGGAUCCCGAGAGAACCGUGCGCCUAAAUGAGCGACUAGAGGCGACCUGGAAUGAACUUUCUUUGCCAUUUUAUACGAGGACUUCAACAAAUGAGGAUGAUACGCGAAUAAAGUUACUGUCACUCGAGAUGACUAGGCAACGAGCGUGUUGCAUUUUACAUCGUCAGUAUCUGGUGGCUCCAAGAGCAGACCGCAAUGACGAGAUUUUCCGCGCGGCCUGCGUGAAUUCUGCCCGCAGAAUUCUUGAGUGCCAGUCUGAACUUUUUCAGGGAAUAUUUGGUAUGCCACAGAAUCGACAUCGCGCGUGGUUCGGUGUCUCGCGUUCUGUCUCCGACUGCAUGACUGCCGCCAUGGUUAUAUGCCUUGAGGUGAUCAACAGAAGCAAAACUGAUCAUCACAUGAAUGAGGCUAUCCGAGCCGAACUCAUAGAAUUACUAAAAGCCUCGCGUGCGAGCUGGAAUUUCUGCCCAAGGCCAUCACCGGAGACCGCUAAGGCGGCCGAGAUAGUGGCAAUGAUGCUCUCUUUGGUGGAGGCUGAUCGAAUGAAGAGUCAAAUAAACUCUUCACAUUCAACUUUAUCGUCAAUGCAGAAUUCAAAGCACGCUCUCCAGGCUCCAAUUUCAGCGGAUUCCUCUUUUUCAGAGCCAUGCAUCCCAGGUCUUUUCAGUAACAUCCAAAAUGAUGGUUCUACAAUCGAAUUGUUUGAUUGGGGACUUUGGGACCGUGAGAUCCAGCAACUGAAUGAUGUAGCCAUUGCUGAGAAUUUCCUGGAAUAA